GGGGAAAGGGGGUAUAUAUUCAGCGUGGAAGUCCCGAUUUGAGGGACUCAAGGAAUUUCUACUUCUUUACAUACAAGACGGUGUGGUUUGAGGUACGUGCUCUGGGUAUCUGUUCAGGGUAUACUGUGUCUCCCACUUAGACAUCUCUCCUCGUAUCGUUCUUCUUCUUUUGAGUCUUCGGAAGCACGGCUCCCUUAUUUCAGACACCUAACCUACACCAAACCACCUCACCAUGGCACCUCUAGAAGUAACCACCCAACCCAUCGCCCCGCACGACCUCCCCUCUCCUCUGACAAACAACAUGAACUCCCUCCCCCCCUUCCCCAACCACCGCGCCCCCAAACACAUCUACCCAGACGGCAUCAAAACCUCCGGCCAACACCCCCCAAUCUAUUCCCUCCUGCGCCCCUACUCUGCCUUCCCCACAGAAAUCACCGGCCCCACCGUCUGGCAAGCCUCCGACUACCGCUCCCACCCCUCGCGCUGGACACACAUCUUCUCCCCCUCGGAGCUCGCCGAAAUCAGCGCCGCGGCAGACUUAUUCCUCGCCUCCGGAACCCCCACGACGGGAAUCUCGCAAUCCAACUUCCCACUCCCCCAGUUUGGAAAGUUUCUGCGCGGUCUGAAGGACGAGUUACUGAAUGGCAAAGGGUUCAUCCUGUUCAAGGGGUUCCCCGUUGCGGAGUGGGGGAAUCGGAAGAGCGCGGUUGCGUACAUGGGCCUGGGCACGUAUCUAGGGUAUUUCGUCAGUCAGAACGGGCGCGGGCAUGUGUUGGGGCACGUGAAGGAUUUGGGUGAGGACGCGACGCAGAUUGACAAGGUGCGCAUCUAUCGCACGAAUGCUAGGCAGUUUUUCCACGCUGAUGAUUGCGAUAUCGUGGGCUUGCUUUGCGUGGCGAAGGCGUUGGAGGGAGGAGAGAGCGACUUGGUUUCUAGUCACCAUGUGUGGAAUACGCUGCAGAGGGAGAAUCCGGAUGUGGCGAGGACGCUGACGGAGCCGAUUUGGUAUUUUGAUCGUAAGGGGGAGACGAGCGUGGGGCAGGAGGAGUGGAUAAGGUCGAGCGUGUUUUAUCUCGAGACCGGGGAGAAUCCGAGGGUGUACUGCAAAUGGGACCCCUACUACAUCCGCUCCCUCACCCGCUUCUCCGACAAGGGCCUCAUCCCCCCUCUCUCCGAAGCCCAGCAGCGCGCCGCCGCCGUGCUCGAAGAGACGUGCCUGCGCCUCUCGCUGCACAUGGUCCUCGACAUCGGCGACAUCCAGUUCCUGUCCAACGCCCACGUCCUGCACGCCCGCACCGCGUACAAGGACUACCCUCCGCCAGCGCCGCGGAGACAUCUGAUGAGGCUGUGGCUCAGCACGCCCGAGGACGAAGGAGGCUGGAGGCUGCCGUUCCAUGACAGCAAUGAGAAGAAGAGGGGCGGUGUCCAGGUCAACGAUACCCCGCCAGUGGCGCCGUAUGAUGCCGAGUAG